AUGAAUGAUGAAUCCAUGUGCCGACACGACCUGACGCUCGACUCAACACUCGAUACUCUACUCAACCUCAAUCCGAAGCACAAGAGGCCACAGCAAAUACGCUCAUACACACCACCUCUUUCUUCUUCCCCCCUGGUUUUCAGAACCCCCUCAUCAGAGUUUGUCUUGUCCUUAGAUCGCUUUCCUUCUCCUCCUCCGCCUUAUUAUCACGCCGAGCGAGAACUAGCAUCUCACUGGGCUGAAAGCGCUCGAAUCGUAUCAGGCUCCGGUUGCCAGACGCCCACACCAAGACGGUAUACCGACGCCCCCGGACCCCGUCUCCCGUCCCCCGUCGCCGGCCCUCUUCUGACUGACGCCUUUGAGUCAGUCGCAGCAGGCCCGAAUCCACGUCGGCUCUUUUCGUCGUUUCGCGGUCAAAGCACCACCAGCCCACCUGCCAGCACCCACUCACACUUUUUGUCAUUGGCCUUGUUCUGGUUCUUGUCUACGAACCAAGUCAACCUGUUACGGCACCUCGCAUUCCAUCUAUUGACAGAUAGGUGGCUACUUGCUGCCUCCAAUCGAUGUCGCUUUCUCCCAGAGGUGGCUUUUCCGGAGGCUCAGACUGCUACUGACCACCAUUCGCCCAGUGCGAUCCCGGGCAUACACGGUUACACUGCAUCCAUUGCAGGAGAUUGGACCUCGGGCCCCAUAACGUCGCUCAAUCUUUCACACUUCUGCUUUGCUCUGUUACGACCUGGCCCUGCUCGCCUGGGCUGCCUCUCUGGUAACACCAGCCCAACAUGCACCUUUGGCGCGGGCCCUUUGAGAAAUCCAGCGGUCUUCUACGACCAAGUCGCAAGAAGGUCAAACACCCAACGCAGCCAUUCUCGCACUGCUGGUGCUACUAGCAUCAAGACACCCUACCUGUCCAUCGGACGUUCCCUUGGCUUCAUGUGCCAGGUCAACAGCCCGAUACCAAAUGCCAUGGAGACCGUAAUGGGAGUCCGAUGCCAAAUAAAGUACGAGCUGGCAAAACGAUCAGUAGAGUCGAAAGCGGGCAGUCUUUGUCGUCUCAAUCGCCGUGUCUACGAUGUGACACCCCGCAGGGACCGUCCGUCUGCGACAGAGAUGCUCGAAAGCUCAUGCCAAUAUCUGGCCCUCGGCCGCAAUCCUCAAUGCAAUAACAUGCCAAUUAUUGGAUUGUGCUAUCGACACUUUGCAACCACUGAACCAAGAUCGACCCAUGCCAUGGUUUCUGGCGCACCCAGUAUUCCAGUGGCCCACAUCAACUCAUUUGACGCCCUUGCCUGCACUAUAUCUCUGUCUGUUAAGGCCACUUCUCUGACCCCGGCUUGCCCUGUGAGGUCCACCUCGUCAACAUGCACACCAUGCGGCUCGGGACACGAAUACAUGGGCACUGGACCUCAGACAAAUAAUCUGGCAGGUCUCGCGGAAAGUGGAGUGCGUUGUCAACGGAAGCCGGAGGGCGGAGCCGCGGUUCCUACUACUGGGCGCCACGACAAGGCGUCAAGGUCGAAAGGACUCAACAUCCUUCAGCCACCCACCUGGGCUGACUUGAUCAGUGGCUUGCUAGACCCCCACUCCACGGAAGCCUGCCCCUCAGGCGUUCUUUUGGAAAUUCCGAUCGUCCUCAACGCCCCUGACGCCGGUAACGCUAUGACGACACAAAACGAGAGAACCUUUAGCUCCGAAGUUCUUUUGACAUCUCGACUUAACCUCCCUAUUCUGGAUGGUGUCUGGGAGGACAAUGGUAUGCUGUUCAUGAUGCAAGCCGAUCUCAUCUGGGACAGAUCGGAGAUGAGCAGGUCGGCAGGACGCGCCAUCAACUCAAUGAUUGACCCGGGGCAUUGCUUGCUAUUCUUCAUGGGACGGUUGCUGGCUUGCGUGGGGACAAUUGCAACAGGUCACGUCGCGUGCAGAAUCAUCGUCCAAGGGAGGGGCGUAUGGGAUUUGACAGAUGAUGACCCUGCAUCUUUUCUUCUCCUCAGCUCGAGCAUGUCUCACCCCAUGACAGCGAUGGUCUUGGAAUAUGCCGACUUUGGUGGAACAAUACAUUGUUAUCCCACUAGCAAUUGCGAAGCGGGCCAAACCGGCAACCGCUUUCUACGCAUUAUCAGGGAAGCAGAAAAGUUCCGACCUUCCGACUGGUUUCUCGCAGAAACACUGAACGCCCGUCCUGCCCAGCUCCGAGCUCGACCUUGGGGCAGGCCAGCAGAUCCCGUGCCUGAUGUGCAACAGCGUUUUAUACAAGGCGUCCUACCGAAAUUCAGGGCUACCCGAAGGUCAGUCUUUCGAGGCCAUGGAUCCUUGUCUGUUGCCCAACGUAACGUGAAGCAGGGAAGGCUGACGGGUCAGGAGCUUGACAGUACACUAGCAAUCGGAACGUACGGCGAAGCGGCGAAGCCGUUGUUUUCCCAGUCAAUGGACAUGUUCUUCAUCGAGCUUGCUUCCGGUUAA